AGCCUAUUUCUUUCGUCUAACUCUUUGAUUCCAGCUGUUGGUGAUCUCUCUUUGGGGGUCCCUGUUUCUAAUGAUUUUCUAUGCUUGGGCCAGUCUUCUCAGGAUAUUUCUACGGUGUACAGAACAGGAAGGAGGGAAAGAAGUCUCAAGUUUCUGUUGAAGAGACGGUUGUACCUACCUUGAAGAUGGGUUUUGAGAUAGGGUAUGAAAGGGUCAUCACAGUGGAGCCUGUGGGAAAGAGUGGUGGCCUUGCACUGUUCCUUAAAAGUGGGGUUAUGGUUGAUCUAAAGUAUAUUGACAAGAAUCUGAUGGAUAUGCAUGUACAGUUUGGAUCUAUUUCCUUUUUUCUGUCUUGUAUUUAUGGUGAUCCAGUUUUCAAACCAAGGAAAGAGAACUGGGAAAGAUUGAGUAGAAUUGGAGUUGGAAGGAAGGAAGAGUGGUGUAUGGUUGGUGACUUCAACGACAUUCUACAUAAUGGUGAAAAGUUAGGUGGACCAAGGAGGAGUGAGAAUGUUUUUAAACCUUUUGCUGAGAUGCUGCAGGCUUGUGAAAUGGUGGAAAUGUCUAGUCAUGGUAACAAGUUUACAUGGGCUGGAAGGAGAUAUGACCUAUGGGUUCAAAGCAGGCUUGAUAGAGCAUUUGGGAACAAAGAGUGGUUCAAACAUUUUCCUGCCUCCAAUCAGACGUUCAUGGAUGUUAGAGGGUCGGAUCACAGGCCUGUGAUGAUUAAAUUGAUAGAUUCUCAAGACACAUAUAGAGGACAGUUCCGUUUUGACAAGAGGAUGCUGAAUAAGCCUUUGGUUGUGGAAGCUAUUGCUGGAGCGUGGUCCGCACCUUCUGGUUCUGGGAUUUCAAGUGUUUCUGAGAGGUUGAGAUCUUGUAGGAAAUCUUUGAGUCUUUGGAAGAAGUCCAACAAUCUGAAUUCAAAAGACAAAAUCACCUUGAUAGAACAGGCUUUGGAGAGGGAGCAAUCUUCUUCUUUUCCCAGUCUUGAUCCGGAGGAGGAGGAGCAAGUAGCCAACAGGCCUAUUGGGUUGGUUUCAGCUAAUGUUUUGAUUGAUGGGGUGGCCUCUCCUACUUGGGUCCCUCCUCCUUCUGAGUGGCUUAAAUGCAACGUUGGUAUUGACUGGUCCAAAAGGACCCCUUUAUUAGGCUGCUCAUGGGUCUUGAGGAAUGAUCAAGGUACUGUCUUGCUUCAUAGCAGGAAUGCUAUUCCUAAUAUCAGAGAUAAGGAAGCUGCGUCCUUCCAAGGCGUUUUAUGGGCUGUGGAGAGUCUUGUGAGUCAUGGUAUUUCCAAGGUCAUUCUGGAAAUUGAGGAUUCUACUUUGGUGGGUUGUGUCUUGCGACCAAAAGCUUGGCCUUCCUUCAGAUGGGAAGCUUUUGAGUUGUUGAAGGUUUUGGAAGGGUUACAGGAUUUAUUUUUGAGGACAAGCGCAAAAGGAUUUGAUCGCAUUGAAGGGAAUCUAUUGGUAGAAAUUAAAGAUUAAUUUUAAGUUGCAAAUAAAGAGACCCAAGCCACUUGUGCUUGCCCCACUUAGGUCCACUAUGUUGUCUCUUUUCACCACACAACACUAUAUGACAGAUUCUCUUGUAGACAACUUGAUCCCUACCAUCACCAAAUGAUUGUUACAUUUUUUCAACAUUAUGAAUAAGAAGAAUUAUAGAGUAUUCAUAAUCAAUUGGGAAUGAUUGA